UGGAAACCGAUCAAGUUCCCAGGAGUCUCCUGCCUGUGCAGGGGAAGACACAACCCUAGCCUCAGGAGCCACAUUCCUGCCCGCCAGGGGCCCAAAGCGGGUUUCUACAAACCAAGGUCCAAGCACUUCUUGGUAGGACGCUGCCAGCCCCGCAAAGGGAAGAGCUCACGCAGUCAAAGCCCAGUACUAACUCAGUGGAAACGGUUAGGCUUUUCGUUACAAGCCAAAUGGGAUCCCCUCGCCCCAGGGAUGCAGGGGGCCGGUGCCAUCGAUGGCUCCGGGACAUCGAUUGCUGCCGGCCACCUCCUCCCCCUUCCCCGCGGGCUUUUGCACACGACGCGCGGCGGCCCGCUUCACACGGGGUGGCGAGGGCCAGAUAAAGCGGGCGGGCGCGGAGCGCCGAGAGGCGGGGAGCGCUCCGCGCGCAAAGCUGGAACUGGAGCGGCGCUACAGCGGGACCGACCCACGGAGAUCCCAGCACGGCCCGGGCAGGAGCAGGCGCGAGGCGGAGAGGGUGGGCUAGGGGCGCAAGUAGGACGACGGGAACGGCACGCGGGGCUCACCCCGCAGGUGACUCCGCGCCCUCGGGUGUCCCGCUCGCAACUUCCGGACUCACUUCGCUGGGUGUCCGCGCGCCGCUUCCCGACCCAGCGCGUGGCGCGCGGGGCCGCAUGAAGGCCACGGAUAAGCAGCAUCUGUUGGACGCCAGGCGCGGAGCCCGGUCUUACACGGGAUCUCUGUGGCAGGAUGGGACUGGCUGGAUUUCUCUGCCUCCACCUGGCGCGGACUUGCCGGCCCUUGAGCUGGCUGUGGAGAGCAACCAUUACUGUCACACCCAGAAGGGUCCUGGCAGUCACUGUGACCCCAAGAAGGAACGGGCCCGUCUUCAGCUUUAUGUGGCCGCUGCCAUCUGCCUGGUGUUCAUGAUUGGGGAAGUAAUUGGUGGGUACCUAGCACAUAGCUUGGCGAUCAUGACCGACGCAGCCCACCUGCUCACUGACUUUGCCAGCAUGCUCAUCAGCCUCUUCUCCCUCUGGAUGUCCUCCCGGCCGGCCACCAAGACCAUGAACUUCGGCUGGCAGCGAGCUGAGAUCCUGGGAGCCCUGCUCUCCGUGCUGUCCAUCUGGGUCGUGACUGGGGUACUGGUGUACCUGGCAGUGGAGCGGCUGAUCUCUGGGGACUAUGAGAUCGAGGGGGACACCAUGCUGAUAACAGCGGGCUGUGCUGUGGCCAUAAACGUGAUAAUGGGGUUGACUCUUCACCAGUCUGGCCAUGGGCACAGCCACAGCUAUGGAGACAGCCACAACACCAGCGAGCAGCAGGGGAACCCCAGUGUUCGAGCUGCCUUUAUCCAUGUGAUUGGAGACUUGCUGCAGAGCUUGGGUGUCCUGGUGGCAGCCUAUAUUUUAUACUUUAAGCCAGAGUACAAGUACGUAGACCCCAUCUGCACCUUCCUCUUCUCCAUCCUGGUCCUGGGGACAACCUUGACCAUCCUGAGAGACGUGAUCCUGGUGCUGAUGGAAGGGACGCCCAAAGGCGUGGACUUCACAGCUGUGCGGGAUUUGCUGCUGUCGGUGGAGGGGGUGGAAGCCUUGCACAGUCUGCAUAUCUGGGCGCUGACCGUGGCCCAGCCCAUGCUGUCUGUCCACAUAGCCAUUGCUCAGAACACAGACGCCCAGGCUGUGCUGAAGGCAGCCAGCACCCGCCUUCAGGGGAAGUUCCACUUCCACACCAUGACCAUCCAGAUCGAGGACUAUUCUGAGGACAUGAAGGACUGUCAGGCGUGCCAGGGCCCCUCGGACUGACUGCCUGGCCAGGCACCAACUGGGGCAUGGACAGGACUUGCAGAUGGCAGGACCCAGUGUCCCCCAGGUCCAGCCAGGACUCUGUUUACCCCGGCUGUGUUGUAAACUAGAUCCCUCUCCCGCCUCUGCUCCAUGUUCAAUGUGGAGGAGCCUUGCCCACUCCAGGAAGGGGCUCUUCCCCUGCCUCCCCCAUCUGAUUAUGUCCAGCCCCUGGAUGGGGACUCGGCAGGUGGAAAGUUAGUGUGACCCCAGUCUUCUGACUCCUCGGUCAGCUCCUGGUGGGCUGGCUUUGGGUCUAAUCCUCAGCCAAUGCUGUCCUACCACCAGCAAGGCAGUGAGGCACAGUGAGGGGUGCUGGAGCGGGGAAUGGCCCUUGCCUACCCACCUCAUUUCCUGGGAAAACGCUGCCUGGACUUUGUCUUAUGGAUCUGUAAAGAAGCCCAGGAGCAGAGCCCCCUCCCUCUGCCUCUAACAACCGUCUGAUUCGAGGACACCAUGGGGACUGGGGAGUUGUAUCGUGCACUCUACUUGUCCCCCUGAAGUGGGAAGCCAGGGGGCACCCAAGGCCCAUCUGUGUGUUAGUCACUUCAGCUGUGAGCCAAGCAUUUCCCUUUCCUAGCGGGAGGAGGCUUCUGACUAGGUAAGGACCUGGCAGGUUUCCUCUUUCCUUACUCUCCCAGCCCAAGAAGUUGUGUCAACACGAAGAUGCCCUAGCCACAGGUGAGGGGGUACAGAGAUUUCAGCUGGGGUCCCGCCCUAAUCACCUCACAGCUCCUGGGCCGCUUCUCAGCCUGAUGCAUGUCCCAGGGUACUCAGAGCCUGAAACCAGAUUUGAUCAGGCCAGCUCUGUUGCCUGUAUGGCCUGAUCUGCUCAGAACUUGGGGAUAGAGGGCAAAGAGGGGCUGUACAAGCGGGACAAGAGACACUGUGUGAAAGUUCCUGAGUUUGGGGGGUGGCUUGUGUUUACAAGAUUAAGGGGGGAGACCUGUUCCCAGUUUCACAGAGAAGGCAGCAUGCCCAGUUACCAGAUGUCCCUGGUCUAGUGGUCUGUCUGCCAUAACAAGCAAGUGCCCUUAGGCAAGUCAGCCUGGCUGUACCUCAGACUCUCAUCUGAAAAUGUUAACACCUACCUCACAGGGUUGUUGUGAGGACCGAAGCCAAAGUCUGCGAAGCACCUGGUGAGUGAAGAGUAGUUACUUUUAUUUUUAUCUUGGAAAGAUGCAUCCUGAGGCUGCCUUGCUUUGGAGCCAGGUGGGUUUCCCAGCCUCCCCAGAGACAGCUCUGAGUUGGUCUUGAUUCUGACCCUUGGCAGGAGGAGGAAGGGUUGGCCACUGGCCUCCCUCUCUGAGCCUCUGUCUUCCCAUCUAUGAAAUGACCCCUCUGUGCCUUUCCAGCACUGUCAUCCAGGGUAGCCUGUGAUCUAGGUCAGCAGGUUCUUCAGCCCCUCAAAAUCUGUGGGAAGUCAUUUGGUUUGGCUUAGAAGUGUGUGUGUGUGUGGGAUAGCUGAAGGUUGCCCUCUACUCCACCCCAAUCUCAAGGGACUCAACUCCUCCCCCUUCCCCCUCAGCUAUGGCAGGCCCCAGGAACCUGGAUCCUGAGCUUUACUGUAUGCCAGGUCCUUAGACCCCUCUCCAGACAGUCAUUGCGUUGCUCCAUGUUUACAGAUGAGAAAAUGGAGAAGGCUCAGAGAGGUUGAGUCAUUUGCCUUAAGUCACACAGCCAGUGUGAGGAAGGUCUGGGGUUUCUGCCUCAUUCCCUCAGGCCUGCCAUACAGCAGGGCUGGGGACUUGCUCUGGGCUGCGUAUUGUUACAGUGUGAGUCCUUGGGCCUGGCAGUGCCCUCCCCACAGGCAAGGCUAUGCCAAGGCAGCUCCAUGUUCUGGGUAGCAUUCUGUGUGCCACAGCUGUGAAUGGGGCUG